UCGGAAACGCAGAAAAUGAUACAUUGUAACACUACGUAUCCCAGCAUUCUACACCGUGAUCCAUGUUUAGUUGUUUUUUUGCGGGAGGGUGAUAGGUUGCGCGGAUGUGAAAGCGAGGCCAAGAAUCCCACUAUACCAGGCGAAGGAGUUUCUUCAUUUUUUCGAAGCAGAGCUGGUGGUUUCAAUCAAAGGGAAGGCGAAGAAGCUAUGCGGGGAGAUGUAAGAUGGCAGAGCUGCAAAUGUUGUUAGAGGAAGAAAUUCCAGCCGGCAAAAGAGCUCUUGUAGAGAGUUACCAGAAUCUUACGCGGGUAGCAGACUACUGUGAAAACAAUUAUGUUCAGGCCACAGACAAGAGAAAAGCGCUGGAGGAGACCAAAGCCUACACCACCCAGUCUCUGGCCAGCGUGGCCUACCAGAUCAAUGCCUUAGCCAACAAUGUGCUGCAGCUGCUGGACAUCCAGGCCUCACAGCUGCGCCGAAUGGAGUCCUCCAUUAACCAUAUCUCUCAGACGGUGGACAUCCACAAGGAGAAGGUGGCCAGGCGAGAGAUCGGGAUCCUCACCACCAACAAGAACACGUCGAGGACCCACAAGAUCAUCGCCCCCGCCAACAUGGAGCGGCCGGUCCGAUACAUCAGGAAGCCCAUCGACUACAACGUGCUGGACGACGUGGGCCACGGGGUCAAGUGGCUCAAAGCCAAGCAGCAUGGAAAUAAUCAGCCAAUCAGAGGAGGAGGAACACUAUCGAGGACCAAUCCGCCGACACAGAAGCCGCCUAGCCCGCCGCCCAUAACAGGGCCGAUAUCGGGACGUGGCACUCUAGGACGCAACACGCCCUAUAAAACUCUAGAGCCGGUGAGACCGCCCACAGUGCCCAACGACUACAUGACCAGCCCUGCUCGACUAGGCAGCCAGCACAGCCCUGGACGCACUGCAUCGCUCAACCAGAGACAAAGAACCCACAGUGGUAGCAGUGGGGGUAGUGGCAGCAGGGAGAACAGCGGGAGCAGCAGUAUUGGCAUUCCCAUCGCUGUGCCUACGCCCUCCAUUCCUAACUCUGGACCAGUCCCGCCAAUGUCCGCUCCCCCCGGAGCCCCUCCCCCACCCCCUCCUCCACUUCCUGGUCCUCAGGCUCCUCCACCACCUCCUCUCCCGGGGCACAGCACGCCAGGGGCCCGAGUGGCUCCUGCAGUGAUAGCGGUGACUCCCGGGCCUGGUCUGGGCCCCAUCCCCAUGUCCCAGUUCGGCACCAUCUCAAGGCAGAUCUCGCGGCACAACUCCACCACCUCCUCGGUCUCCAUGGUUUCGGCCACGGGCACCUACCGCCGGGCGCCGUCCGUCACCUCCCAGUUCUCCCUGCAGCAGCAGCAGGCCCUACAGCUUCAACAACAGCAGCAGAUACAGCAGCCGUACAUUAACGGGGGCACCCCCGCCUACCCCCACAACUCAAUGUCUAUUGCUCCACCUCCUCCCCCCAUGCCCCAGCUGACUCCACAGAUACCUCUGACAGGCUUUGUGGCCAGGGUGCAGGAGAACAUUGCGGACACACCUACUCCGCCUCCCCCUCCUCCGCCGGAUGACCUGCCCAUGUUUGAUGAGGCUCCUCCCCCUCCUCCACCCCCGCCAGUUGACUAUGAGGAGGAAGAGGAAGCAGCUGUGGUGCACUACAGCGACCCUUAUGCUGACGGAGACCCCCAGUGGGCACCCAAGAGCUACAUAGAGAAAGUGGUUGCCAUCUACGACUACACGGCGGAUAAAGACGAUGAGCUGAGCUUCAUGGAGGGAGCCAUAAUUUACAUAAUCAAGAAGAACGAUGAUGGCUGGUUCGAGGGCCUAAGCAGCGGAGUCACAGGCCUGUUCCCUGGCAACUACGUAGAGUCCAUCAUGCACUAUGCCGACUGAAGGCACCCUACUACAGCGUAUUGAUUCAGUCAUACCUAGGCUACCACAGAGACCAAUUAAAACAGAAAUCUGACCAUACAAAGCUUAGAGAAGUGAUUUUGGAUAUGACGGAAUGUUCGUUCCCUUAUACUGAUUGCAAAUAAAUAAAUACAAAUAUCUAUUUACUUAGGUGUUAUGGGUGGGUUGGGGGACAUUAUAAAGUAUACAGAGAAUGAAUAGGAUAAGGCUGCUGACGUGCUCACAAGGGCUGUGGUGUAAAGAUGUUUUCAAAGACCAGGGUAACACUAGCUGAAGGACAUUUCAAGUUUGAUUAUUCUCUGUUCUUCCUGUCUACAUAUGCGCAACAUAACAUCUGACCCAACUAUUCAUUAGUGUUUGUCUACAUCUAUUGACCUAUACAUGUUUCAUGCGCUUAUCUUAAUUUCUUUGAGUGUAUCAAGAGUAUUAUGCUAUAUGGAGAAAAUGUCUGUCAGAUGUCAUGUAAUGCAUAUGUAGGCAUUAUGGUGAUCUUGUGUGUACACCUUUUAGUGGAAGUGUUACUACUGUUAAUUGUAUAUAAUGUGAGUAAGCUGCAGCCUGUUGGGUGUCUGUAGUGUAAAUGCAGUUGUUAAUCACAGUAUCUCAAGCAGGCUACAUACCACACAUGCAAAUGUCCAACAGAAGAUUGUUUUAUUUUCUAUAAUCAAGGUUCUCACAAUCACAAGGCUGAUCCAUUUUGGAUGUUGAAUUCAAACUUAAAUAGCUUUUUAUGAAUAACAAAACAUUUUACUUGUAUGUUUUAUUUCAGUCAUUCCUGAAAUUAAGUCUGGACGUAAAAGCAUGCUAAAUUAAAAAUGUAUAACCUCUACGUUUAAUGCCAUUAUGCUUCCAUCAUUUUGUUGUAAUAUUUACAUUUUUUUUGAUUGAAUUAUCUAGAUAUAAAAGGCAUUUUUGGACUUGUUGAUGUGAUGGUCUUAUUUUCUAAAUGCUCUAAUUUGUAUUUAAACAUUUGAUAUUACAUUUACAUGAUUUCUUCCAUCACUGAGUUCAAUAUCCAUUUUAAGAAAUGUCACAGUAAUGUUUUACUAAUCUGAACAAAAUGAAAUAUCUGUAGGCAUAAGUAUCUAAUGUAAACUAUUAUUCAUGGGUUAAGAUUGUAAUUCAUAGUGUUCGUGGGCUCAGUUUUCAAACAGUUUUGUCGUGAUAUUCAUAAAACACUGCCAUUUUACUAUUCUGUAAUAAUGGAGACCAAUAUGACAACUCGGAUACCUCCUCAGUCUUCACAUGGCAACAAUGAUCAAAAGUCAAAAUAGUUUCAGAAUCGUAAUUUUUAACCUGUUAUGGUUUGGUUUCAUAACUCAGGUCUGGAUAUCUUGAUGCCAAGUUGUUUUUAUUUUAUUGUUCCAAAUUGACCCUACCCACUUUGUCCAUACUCAUUUAUAGUUGUAAUUAUCCCUUAGGAAUGACAUUUGACUAUCGAUUGCUUCAUGAAAAUUCAGGUAGGUGUUUAUCAGUUUAAGGUUAAACUGCAAAAUCGUAGACUUCAACAGUUUCUUCCUAUAUGAUUGUCUUUCCUGUCCAGACUUGAAACAACAUGGAAGUAACUGCGCUUGUCACAGUUGACCAUUUCAGGAUAUAGCAGCUAAUGCCUUGACACUUUGUCUGUUUGCUUUGUUAUAUUCAACAUAUACAAGUGUUCCAGCUCAAUGGGUAGAAAUAUCAAAGCUUGUAUCUCUGCCCUUAGUUUGUAUAUAUAUAUAUAUAUGUUCAUUGAAAAAUGUAUGUACAGUCUUUUAUAAUAAACCAUUCUCCUACGUA